AUGUGCUCCCGCCAGGAAAAGGACCAGUGCCACGGGCAGGAGCGCUACGUGCGCCAGACCGGCGGCGGCUGCUGCGGCGGCGGCAGCAGCAGUGGCGGGUGCCACAGCAGCGGUGGCGGCGGCGGCGGGUGCCACAGCAGCGGCGGUGGCAGCGGCGGCGGGUGCCACAGCAGCAGCGGUGGUGGUGGGUGCCACAGCAGCGGUGGCAGCAGCGGCGGGUGCCACAGCAGCGGCGGCUCCGGGUGCCACGGCAAGCCGCAGGUGCAGUACCAGCACCAGCAGCAGCAGCAGCAGCAGCAGCAGCACAUCCAGCAGGUGCCGCAGCAGAAGAUGAAGUGA